GAAGUAGGAGCAUCAACCGCAAUUUAUGAAGCAACAGAAAAAAAGUAGCUAGUUUUGUUGGUUAUGUUAAACAUGAACCAUUGUGUUGCAACAAUUUGAAGUCACCCCUGCCACUGAUCACAAACCCAAUAAUGGCUUUUUCUGCCAUCUUCACUCCCUCUCUAAACCUUACCAUUUCUUCCACCACAUACUGUUGUAGAAGAAGAAAAAUAUCAUCAACCACAAGCAAAUUUAUAGUGAGAGCUAGCUCCAGUGAGAAGGGUGAAUCCAAGGACAACGAUGCCCCAGCAUUCAACCCUUUUGGCUUUGUCACUGACAACCCAUCAAGCCGCAGUGCUAUUCAACUACCUGAAAACCCUGCUGAGGAUGGCAACGUUGGCCAAAUGCUAUAUAGGAUAGAAGACAAGGGCAAGGAAUUCGGGUCAUAUGUUAAAUCUGGCAAGUUAACAUGGUUUGUGAGAGAAACUGGAUCAUCAAGAAGCAGACGAGGGACAAUUGUGUUCCUUCAUGGGGCUCCAACGCAAUCUUUUAGCUACCGAGUUGUUAUGUCUCAGUUGGCAGAUGCAGGGUUCCACUGCUUUGCACCUGACUGGAUAGGAUUUGGUUUCAGUGACAAACCACAGCCAGGAUAUGGUUUUGAUUACACAGAAAAGGAGUUCCAUGACGCAUUGGAUAAACUUCUUGAGGUGUUGGAGGUCAAAUCACCCUUUUUCUUAGUUGUUCAGGGAUUUCUUGUAGGUUCAUAUGGACUAACUUGGGCCCUGAAGAACUUGAGCAAGAUAUCAAAGCUAGCAAUACUAAACAGUCCAUUAACUGUUUCAUCUCCCAUUCCUGGACUUUUUCAGAAGCUAAGAAUUCCUCUAUAUGGUGAAUUUACAAGCCAGAAUGCUAUUAUUGCUGAGCGGUUUAUUGAAGCAGGUAGCCCUUACGUUCUGAAAAAUGAAAAAGCUGAUGUGUACCGGCUACCUUAUUUGGCAAGCAGUGGACCUGGAUUUGCUCUACUUGAAGCUGCAAGAAAAGCUAACUUCAAAGGUACUUUCAGUGAAAUAGCAGAAGGAUUUGCAACCGAGAGAUGGGAUAAACCAAUACUACUUGCUUGGGGAUUAUCAGACAAACACUUGCCCCAAUCUGUGGCUGAGGAGUUUAAGAAAGGAAAUCCAUCACACAUCCAGCUUAAAUUGAUAGAAGGAGCUGGUCAUAUGCCACAAGAGGACUGGCCUGAGAAAGUUGUUGAUGCUUUGAGAAUGUUCUUCUGAUUUCAACCACUAGGUGACAAUGCAGGCAUCCAAGUGCUUAUUUGAUUGGAAGGGCAUUAUUGAAUUUUUCCCUAAAUUGUAAAUUUAGUGAGCCUAAUUUUUUUUUCUUGCUGGUCAACUAAUGAAAUUAUAGCUUUGUUGAAAUGAUACUGUCCUCCAUUUCCUAAUAUAAAAUGAAACAAGGCCCAGAGAGCUUUAGUAG